AUGUCAAGUGAUCUUUCGGAACAAGCAGAACUAUGUUCAGACCGAGGAAAUGAAUACCCCUUUUGCUUACCUACAAGUUCAGAUGUUUGGCAGGAUGGAUCCACUCAAAGCUUUGUCUGGAACAAAAAGUAUCCUUUCUAUGUCGAUUAUGAACGAUUAGAUUUAUACUUAUACCACUACAUCAAAUUUGAAUAUAUCAACGUCAAAAACUUUACCAAUCUAGAAAGAAGAAGCGGAGGUAUUGAAGUAACAGUAGACGAUUCUUGGUUCUUGUCACCUUUACAGAAUGGAGAGUCGAGUAAAAACUGGACCAUGAUGGGUUUCUAUCUUCCUUCAAAAGCCAACCCAGCUGUAGAACUAGCCAGUCCAACUAGUAUGUAUCCUCGACCUUUUAACUUUACAGUUACCCAACUCUCAAAUUCUUCGAAAGAUAAUACGAAUCCACUGUCUACAAACAGUAAUAGCAACAACGAUGGAAGCCGCUCACAAAAUGGUCCUUCUUCUACACCCUCAACAUCAUUACCUGCAUGGGCAAUUGCUGCUAUCGUGAUUGGUAUUAUCGGUCUUCUCUGCGCAGCGGCAGCUCUCAUCUGGCUUCAAAUCGAUAAUAACGAUAAUGCUUCCAUGACUUCUAAGACAUAUAUCACAGGAGGAUUAGGAGGAACAGGAAAUGCAAUAAUGACAUCAAUGGAGAACAUAUCGAGUGUCGGGUCACUUGCAUCAUCAAGGCCCUUUUCACCGCCUAAUACUCCAUUUGUACCAAAUACGCCUCCACUACGGCCACCGCCAAUACCAUUAUCGCCUUCUUCAUCCACAAAUGAUUGGCAUAGCUAUCAAUACCAACCUCAAUCUGUGGCUAUUGGUAGCAAUAGCGGUAGCAAUAGUUUUAUAAUACCAUCCACAGAAGAGGACGAGGAACUACGAAGAAGACGCCUUGGUGAAGCCUUAUUACAAAGACAACUAGCAGAAGAUGGCACAUCGGUUAAGCAUGCUGGCAGAUUAACACGCGUUAGAAGCUUAGCAGAUAUUAAAAAGAAAGCGACUAUCGUCGAGUCAGGAAUAUCGCAAAGGCAGCAUUCUAUGUUAUCGUCGUCAUCAUCUGUAUCUUCCUGCACACCAACUACUGGUACUAUGUCAUCAUCCCAUCCAUUACCACAAUCACAAUAG